AUGUAUGAGAUUUACGUGGAAACCUGUGGGUAAAAUGCUCAGAAUCAAGUCAACCCAUCAACAUUUGGAAAGGUAGAAGAUCACAAGCCAGUGGGUGGGAAGACGGACCCAGUUGAAUCCCCUUUGUCUGAACUCAGGAGAUGUCCAUUUUGGGAGCAAACGCUGGCAAAGAAAGACUCCUGUAAAAUGAUGGCUUUUCUUGGGGAUGAAUACUGCAAUUAGUGUCAAGAUAUUUCACAAAUUGUGGGGGAUUUGAUGACUUCCUUCUGGAAAUCUCUGCAACAAGAUGCAAUCGUGUUUAUGCCUCUGCCUGAUGUGUGCCAGCUCUUUAAAUGCUAUGACGUGCAGCUGUACAAAGGAAUCGAGGACAUUCUCCUGCAUGCCUUUUUGGAAGAUGUUCCCUUUCAGUCUGUGCAGUUAUUUAGUAAGAAAUUCAAGGUGUGGCUCCUUAAUGCGUUGGAAGGCUCCCCAGCCCUCUUACAGAUUUCAAAAGGCAAAGAAGGGACUGUGUUUGUCAAAAGACUACGAAGAAAGACGUACCUUUCCAACAUGGCCAAGACGAUGAGAAAGGUAUUGAAGAAUGACAGGAAAGUCAACAUCCUAAACUCGGAUCUACGUGCCGUUAUCAGUCAGGGCACCUUGGAGAGGUCUAAGAAAGCCCUGCCAACUAGCCCCAGGAACAUGGAUGAAUUGGAGGCCCACACAGAGAUGAAAUGUUUACGCAGUUUCAUUUCUUUGCUGGGAACAUUAUCGGACCUGAGUGUAUUCCUCAAUUGUUUGUCUUCAAGUCUCCAAGCGUUUGUGUUGGAACCACGGGGAAGCAAGGAAGAGUUUAUCCAAUUGGCUGCCAGCUUCCAGCUAAGAUGGAAUUUCCUUCUCACAGCCGGCAAAGCGAUGACCCUCUGCCACUGGGAUAGCUUUGGUGAAUGGCAUCUGUUUCAUUUGCUGCUUUUGGAAUAUGUGAUUCGUAUCCUUCAGUCCUGCAUAGAAGGUGACGAGGACAUGGGGAGCCUCAAGGAAAUGCUCUCAGAUGACCAGUCUCUCAGCCAGGCAGACCAGGCACUCGCCAGCCCUCCAGACCCCUCCUCACCCCCAGAGUGCAAAACCCUGAGUGUGGAGCCGCCCCAAAUGGUGCUGAGACACGUGAGCCAAAGCCAGUGUCCCAUGGCGGUCAGCAGCAUGAUGCUCAGGGUCCUGGGCCUCCUCAUGGACACUGCCACGGGCAAUAAGCUCAUCCAGUUACUACUGGAAGACAGGGACACCAUAAGACUCAGCCUUCCCAUGGGACAAGAAGUUCUCGUCACCCUCAGAGAUGGACAAAAAUGUGUGAGCCAUGUAUCAGAAGCACCCCAAAGCUCUGAAAACAUUUAUUUCUGGGAAAGCAAUGAUAACAUAUGA